GGAGGAUUCGUCAACGAUGUACGCAUCCGUAGAUCCCCAGCCCUUACGUCAUGGGCAGCACACCAUUCAGUUCUGGAGCGACUAGAUAACAAUCGAUAGCCGGUCCCAAUCCCCAAACAACAAUAGAACUUCACAAUAACGCGGGGAGAGACCGAUGCAUCGGCAAUGCUGCCUCCUAUUCGACUGCGAAGCAUGCGCUGGCAGAUAAAUAACGCAUCUGCCACGGCAUCCCUCGUCCAGGAUACAACUCCAAGCAAUCUUUCAAAGUAAAACAUUUCCUUCCUGUUCAACCGACGUCCACUCUACAGAAUCACCCAGAUCAAUAUCACCCACGAUGGCCCCAGUCGUUCCUCGGGUAUCCGUCAACGAUGCUCCGGAGAAAAUCAUCCAAGCCAUGCACCAAGGCGGUGCAUGCAUCAUCGAAGGGCUUUUGUCGAAAGACCAGGUUCAGGAGUUGAACGCCGAGCUCGACGGACCGCUAGAGGCCAUAACUCCCGGCUCGAAACACAAGGUCGACCUCAUCCAGGAAUUCCACGGCCGCAACACCAAGCGCCUCACAAACGUUACAACCCACAGCAAAGUAUUCCGUCACCAAAUCCUUGACAACGAACUGGUUCACCAGGUGUGCGAAAGAGCCUUCCACCAAGACUCCGGCACGUACUGGAUGGGCGCCGCGCAGGUGAUCCAAAUCGCACCUGGAAACGAAGCCCAAGUGCUUCACCGCGACCAAGGCCAGUACCCGAUUUUCGAUCUCCUAGGCCAUAAGGCCCCCGAAGCAACGGUCAAUUUCCUCAUCGCCCUGACCGAUUUCACCGAAGAAAACGGCGCCACCAGAGUCAUCCCCGGAUCCCAUUUCUGGAAAGACUAUUCCGAUCUGGGAUCGCCUGAACAAACCGUCCCGGCGAUCAUGAAGGCCGGCGACGCGGUUCUCAUGAGCGGCAAGACGGUUCACGGUGGCGGGGCGAACAAAACCGCAGACGAGCUCCGCCGUGGCAUUGCCUUCACGAUGCAAUGUAGCUAUUUGACGCCCGAGGAAGCAAACCCGUUCAUAAUCAGCCUGGACACCAUCAAGGAAUUAUCUCCACGAGCACAACGCAUGCUGGGCUUCCGUUCGCAAUUCCCGAAGACCUCACCCGGUCUUUGGCAAUCCGACUAUUCUGAAAUCGCAGACGUUAUUGGUCUCUCGGGUGACGAUCCUGCCCUUGAGCGGUACAGGAAAGAAGUCCAGGGGCUUUAAGCGGACCCUCAUCUAUACCUCUUGAGUAGAUAGAUGAAGUAUAUAACGGAAGCUUCAUUUGUCUAUGUGGGUUGGAUUCUCG